CUCUACAGAACUUCAGUGUCAUCAUCGACAACUAUAACUGCGAUCCGUCUGGACAUGCGACCUGCCCUCAGUCUCUGAUUGUCUAUUACAAGUCCUAUAAAAUCGUUCUUACUCCGAAGAGAUUAAAUGUGACAACAAAUAUGGUUUACAUCAAUGGAAAUCAGAUCUUCCCAACCUUUUCUAAUGAAGACCUCAUGAUCACCAGCACUGGGGUAGAGUUACUGUUGAAGAUCCCUGCCAUUAAAGCAACAGUGAUGUUUAAGUCCCUUAUGUUCAGUGUAACCCUGCCAAACUCCCUAUUCCACAACAACACAGAGGGGCAGUGUGGUACCUGUGACAAUAUCAGGAAAAACGAUUGCAGAUUACCGAAUGGAAAGAUUGACCCAUCAUGUCCUGGGAUGGCUCAUAAAUGGAAGAUUCCUGAUGUUAAAAAACCCUACUGUGAACGGCAACCCGUUAUCCUACCUACCCCACCUACCCCCACGCCUCCAACCUGCCCGUCAGGAAAGACAUCAAUCUGUGACAUCAUACAUAGCCCGGUCUUUAAGCAAUGUCAUGACGUUAUCCCACGUCAACCCUUCUUCGAGGCCUGUAAGUUUGAUGUCUGCCACAUGCCAAAUAUCUCAAUCGGCUGCUCCAGCCUGGAAGCCUACGCCGUGAGGUGUGCAGCAGCUGGAGUCUGUAUCGACUGGAGGAAAUCAACCAAUGGAACAUGUGAACUGUCAUGCCCUAAGACCAAAGUGUAUAAGGCAUGUGGCUCUACUAUCCAGCCAACAUGCAAUUCAAGAUACAAUGACAAAUAUGUGCAUCCAUGUCAAGGAGCACAAAUGACCCGUGACGUUGUAUGUGACUCAUUCAUGGAGGGCUGUUUCUGCCCUGAGGGUACCAUCUUGUUCAACACAUUCUCUGACACCUGUGUUCGUGACUGUGGAUGCACAGGACCUGAUGGAAAACCCAAACAGUUUGGUGAGACUUGGUACAGUAACUGCCAGAAGUGCACGUGUAAUGCUGACACAAUGAGUGUCCAGUGUGAACCAGUGAAAUGUCCGCCCCAAGAAAUUGUAACCUGUAAGAAGUACGGUGAGGUGUUGGUCAACGAGACGGUGGACUGCUGUCAGAAAAAUACAUGUGGUGUCAUGACGCUUGGGAAGUUUUGGUCGCCCCCUAGUGACCGCUGUGUGAAGUAUGAAUGCACCAAGACAAACAACCAGCUCAUCGUUGUGGAAUCCAAAUUUAAAUGCCCAGUGUUCCGUCCAGAGGACUGUGUCCCUGGAACUGAGAAAACUGAUGCAAAUGGAUGUUGCACAACCUGCACUUUAAUCAGUCACUGUGACGUGAAGAACACCACCACCUACCUAGAGGUGAAUAACUGCAGGUCCUCUGUGCCGGUGGAAAUCUCAGCCUGCGGGGGAUCCUGUGGAACAUCUUCUAUGUACUCUGCAGAGAAAAACACCCUGAUGCACUCCUGCUCCUGCUGUCAAGAGAUGUCUACCAGUGAGAGGAAGGUGGAGAUGGUCUGCCCUGACGGGAAGAAGAUCAUGCAGUCCUACAUUUACAUUGAUAAGUGUGGCUGCCAUGACUCUGAGUGUGACAAGAAGAACCACUUAGAUUAGGCCUUGAAGAAUGAAGUCUUUUGAAGUGUUCUUAUUUACCUGCAUGGAAUAUUCAAUAGUUUUAUCUAAAGGGAACCAAUAGGGUCUGUCUCAUUAUCAUAUAGGCUACUUUCAUGAACUGCAUGUUCUUUCUCUCUACACUAUCAUAGACAUUAUGCAAACCUAUUAAACUGAUGAAGAAGCAUGAA